AUGCUCGCCGCCGACUUUGCGACGCGCCUUUUCACUGAUGGUAGCCGAGAAGCCACACAGUCAUGGCGUACGACCGCCAGACAUCAUGGCCGGCGACGACGAUGCUGCCAGGAGCACGGCUGUACAACACACCCAUCGUACGGCCAAGACCAUAGCAAGAAUGCGCAGUUCUGCUCCCAGCACAAGAAUUCAGGGAUGACAAACGUGAUGGACAAGAAGUGCGGCCACACAGGCUGCACGAAGAAGCCUUCGUAUGGAAAUGACGGCAGCAAGAAGGCGGAGUUCUGUGUCCAGCUCGCGCUACAGGGCAUGGUUGAUGUCGUCAGGAAGAGGUGCGGCCAUCCAGAGUGCAUGAAGUUGUCUUCAUAUGGCAAAGACGGCAGCAAGAAGGCGGAGUUCUGUGUCCAGCACGCGCUACAGGGCAUGGUCGAUGUCGUCAGCAAGAGGUGCGGCCAUCCAGGUUGUACGAAGAGGCCUUCGUAUGGAAAAUGCGGCGGCAAGAAGGCGGAGUUCUGUGCCCAGCACGCGCUACAGGGCAUGGUCAAUGUUGCCAGCAAGAGGUGCGACCAUCCAGGUUGCACGAAGAAGCCUUCGUAUGGAAAAUGCGGCAGCAAGAAGGCGGAGUUCUGUGCCCAGCACGCGCUACAGGGCAUGGUCGAUGUCGUCAGCAAGAGGUGCGGCCAUCCAGGUUGCACAAAGCGGCCGUCGUAUGGAAAUGACGGCAGCAAGAAGGCGGAGUUCUGUGCCCAGCACGCGCUACAGGGCAUGGUCGAUGUCGUCAGCAAGAGGUGUGGCCAUCCAGAGUGCAUGAAGUUUUCUUCAUAUGGCAAAGACGGCAGCAAGAAGGCGGAGUUAGUUCUGUGUCCAGCACGCGCUACAGGGCAUGGUCAAUGUUGCCAGCAAGAGGUGCGGCCAUCCAGGUUGCACGAAGCGGCCGUCGUAUGGAAAAUGCGGCGGCAACAAGGCGGAGUUCUGUGCUCGGCACGCGCUACAGGGCAUGGAUCCGGCGGUAUGGAGACUCGCUUGCUGGUGAAAAGCCAGUCAGCUCGCGUUCAUCCGUUUCAGAUGGCCGCGAGCUGGCUGGGUUUUCACCAGCAAGCGGGUCCCCGCCUCGACCGAUCCUGGUUGCCAAUGGAGUGGGGACAUAGGUGCCCGCCCGGGACGAACGUGUUCCUGGCACGGAAGCGGAGGCGCGGGUGCCACCCGGCCGGCAGCAUUGCUGUGAAGGGCUAUAGCUCAUCGGCUCGAUUCACUCACUUCACUCCCCAGGGAGCCUUCCUGGAGCAGUCCUUGCCCAAGCUUCGAGCGCUGCACUCAACAACCCGCCUCCACCGGAGCCGACCGCGGCAGCCGUCGCCGAAAGGCUGGCGAGGGCGUCAAUGCUGA